UUUUACCGCAAUUAUUAUGUAACACAGUCGUCAACACAUGACGGAACGAAACAGUUUUUAAAAAGGUCAGUUCUACAUUUAACUGGAGCACGUUUCUUAGAAGCACUUAUAAGAACUAGACUAUCCCUCAAUUUGAAGGUAAACUAUGCAUCUACUUUAUAAAUUCAGUAAACACAUGGCUAACGCCAUUGGACCAUGUCGAUUCUUAAACAGUACUUCGCUUAUCAUAUUCAUUGGCUAAAAAGUGUUUUACCCAACCGGAGUCGUCUUUAUCAAUGUUACUCGAUUCUAGUAAUGCUCAUCUCAAUGCUCGCCAAACGACAAGAUCUUGUUCUUGUCGAAGUGGAAUGAGUUGAGUAACAGAUCAACCGGGGCCAGUUGCCAACAUUAAUAUUGUAAUAACGAAUCUUAUUUUUGAGCGAUUACCUGUACCUAAGGACAGGUAGAGGAGCCACACAUAUAAACGGGAUUGGAUACUUGGUUUCUGUAAUAAUAUAUAACUUUAUGUGUUAUUUAACAAAUAUAAAACAUUUUCCGUGUUGAUAUACAGUUAUAUCAACACGAGUGGAAUUGGGAAAACGAGAAAUUUUGUGGAAACACGACGCCCGAAGGGCGGAGUGUUCACACAAUUUUCGAGUGUUUUCACACAAUUUCACUUGAAAAACACUUCGGUGAGUGGAGCUUCCCGAAUAAAUAUUAUUAUUGUUAUUCUUACAGUAUAAAACAGAAUAAUAAACCGAAAUAUUCGAAAGGAUGGAUUAAGACACGUCACACUACCGUCGAAUUUAAUUCAGAGAAAUUAAAUAAAACGAACAAGUUUAUACGACGAUAGUGUGUUGUAUUUGAAUUUGUCUGAUGAAUUAAAUUUGCUCAAGUUCUAUCCGUCAUGGUCAGGAGAAAUUAAACAUCUGAAACGCGUCUUCAUUUCAUAUAUACGACGCAUGAAUAUCGAAUCAACGAAGUGCAUAAAUUAUAUUACACUUGAUCUUCAUAGUGUAUUUUUGUGCAACUAUAUGAUGGCCAGUCAUGGAGUCAAAUAGUCAAUUCUUAUUCAUCCGAGUUAAAUUCGUCACGAAGCCGUACUCAAUUAGUGAAACCGUAGCCAUAGAAUGAAACACGACAUCGUGCCAGUUAAGACUAUUAUAUCAACGCUGCAUGUUUUAAAUAUUUCUAACCAAGUUUUGUUGUGAUUGUAACGGAAAUGUGGUUUAUAUAUGACAUAUGUAUAGGAAAUUACACGGUUUGAAAAGUAUCAUGAAGGUCCAUGAAAAAUCGCACGCGUGUUUGGCGAAAUAUUUAUAAUACCACGAGUGUUGUUUAGAGUAUUGUCGUGAAUCAGCAAGAAAAUGUGGUUUAUAGACCUAUAUGACAUUAAACGCCGAUAACCCUCUCAAUCGGAUCUUAAACACGUGUGACAGACACAGAAGAAAUUUGCUAGAAUUGAAGACUGAACUAAUUCAAAUACCGAAUAAAAUACAUCUGCAACUAAAUCCCAUAGCCAUAGGCAUAGUAAUUGUGAGCUGGCCGUUAGUCCGUAACUUACGCUAUAUGAAAAUGCAAUUUGUUAAAAGUUCAUGCAAGUUUAAACAUAUGCUUUCAAGUGUUUAACAUAAUAAAUGAGCCAACAUAUGAUAAAUCAGCGUGCUUAUAGUUAACUUACUGAUAGAUGCCAACUCCAUUAUUGCUUAUAGUCGGCUAUGUCACACUGACCUAACCGUUGUUGGCCUAACAUCAUUCAACAAUUUUCAAAUAUUGUUCUAGACCGUUUCUUUCCCAAAUAUUUUAAUAAAUUGAAAUGUGCAUAAUAAGCAGUUAUAUUUUCAAUUUGGAUAAAUCUUAUCAAACUGAUGAUGAACAAUGCAUGUGCAUAACAAGCAGUUAUAUCAUUAACUAUGGUUAUAUAUAUCCCAUAUAGAUCUCUUGUUUCAACCUGUCCUGUAUAUAUAACUUCAUCUAAAAACAUUAAAAGAUACAUUGAUUUGAAUCGCAGCAUUGUGAAUUGUGAUGACUCACUUUUUCAAAUAUCAUAUUAGCAUAUUUAUAUAUACGUCAUGAUGACCAAAUGUUAUUUUUAUAGCCCGGUUUGUCAUUACCUCAUAAGUAACUAUAUAUAGCUCGUAAGUAUAACCAUCUAACCUAAGCAAAAAUUUAAUUUGAAUAGUUAUUCUUUCACUGUUCUAUACUGUAGGGCCGGAUUGAAAGCCUCGAUAUUUUAUUGAAGUCAUAUAUCAAAGACUUGGCCAAGAAACAUUUUUAGCCAACCAACUGAACCAAGAUGAAGCCUCGAACAACAAUGAAACGUUGUGUUGAUGAGACGGGUCAUUCCAUAUAUUUCUGUAAAUUUGAAAGCAGUCCGGCUAAUAGAAAAUACAAGGAACAAAAAUUAAACGAAAUAAUAGCUGCUAUCUGCGCCAUGCUUAACAGCAACGGUGGAAAAGUCAUAUUGUAUAACGAGUUCAAGUGCAAAAAAAUCAAACGUUUAUCAUCCUUGGUGGUUCGAAUACUGGAACAAUCUAUGAUCUCUAUCAUAGGAUUGAAUCAGACCGUCUCGAAUAUAAAUUUCAAAGAGGAUAAAGAAAGUAUAAUCAUUUCAGUUAAAAAGGCUGAUUCUUUAAUUACAACUACUUAUAACCUUUAUUUACCGAGUCGAUCACAGGUUGUACAAGUAUCCCCUUUGGAACCACUAGAGAAAGUCAAGCACGAUAUCAUCAACAGAAAAGUCGUCCACGAACCAGUCCAGCUUGACUCACAUUGUAAAACAUUUGUUAAGGAUACAAAUAGUAGUUUUCAAGAUAACAAAUCAGUCCAGUUAAAGCAUCUAAAAGCAGUUGCAUCAAAACGUACCACACUAGCAGAUCGUAUGACUGGUAAAGGUAAUAAAUUCAGUUGCUAUGUUUCAGCGUUUGCCAACCAUAACGGAGGUCACAUCUACUAUGGUAUCAGAGAUGAUGGAAUUGUUGAAGGAGAGUGGAUUUCCAAUGAGAACGACCAAAGUGAAAUAAGAAAGAAAGUUGAGAAAGUCUUCAACAAAAUGACCUGGCCUGAGCAGAUUGGUCAACCAACACGAGGGGAACACUGGGAAAUAUUCUUUGAGCCAGUGAAAGAUGAAAACUCCAAACCUAUCCCAUCAACCUUUGUGAUCGUCAUUUACAUCGCUGCCUGUCUGGGUGGUGUGUUCACUGAGGAACCAGAAUGUUAUGAAAUGGUGGAGGGGAAAGUUGAGAAGAUGUCGAUUGCUGCUUGGAAGAAGAGAGUAUUCAAACGUGAUUAUGUAGAUAUUCGUGCAGCAGUACAACGAAUUGAAUGGAGCUCAUCUGCCACAGAACGUCAUUGCACUAAGGUUCGUGAAGUUUUAAUGACGGCCAUUAAUAAUGGCAAAUGGGAAAUAUUUUCAAAAUAUGCGAAGCUAUUUGAAGAUAAAUAUCCUGAAGUUGAGGUGAAGCUGAUGGUUUUGUCAAGGAGAGUCAUAGCGAGUUACCGGCAAGGUCGUCUUUACAAAGCACGUCUCUUGCUUGUUGAUUAUGAUGAAUUUUUACCGAAAGCAAACGAUCCCAUGAUUUUCGAAGUGAUUUAUUUGUGUUUGGAAGCAGCUUUAAAGCGUGCGGAAAGAAAAUUCGAAGCUAUUAGCAAAUUAUUGGAAAGUGCUUUGUUUAAGGCGGACCAAUUAACACCAGGGAUUAUUACAGCAGUGACAUUAUCAUUUGCAGCAAUGAAUCAAAACUUUGGACGAAAUGAGGAUGGUCCAUCGUCUGCCGAACUUUCUAAGCAGGUACUUGAACAUUUGAAGUAUGCACCAAGGUCUCCAGCACAGGUAGAAAUGGAACACAAGGCGUACAUCAUUUUGGCAACAUUUCAUCUUGGAUAUAAUAUGUCAGGAAAGAUAAUCGAGAAGCAUGUAAAUCAAUCAAGGCUGGAAACAGCGAAGUCUAGCCUAAUGGCGUUAAAUGAGUCGGUAUGUAGUGGGUAUUCGCUCAGUCGAUACCGUGAGGUUCAGUUCAAUUUGGUACAGUCGACCCUUUAUUAUCGGUAUGCCCAAGUUAAUCCUGAAAAGAACAAAAUAUUCCUAGAAGAAGCGUUUCAAUUCUCUAAGAAGGCUCAACAUCUUGCCAGAGCUUCUAAUUUUGAUGAAAUGGUUACAUGGGCCAAUGUUAGUGUGGCUUUGUACACUGAAAAAUUAGUCCUUGCGAGCUUGGCGAAAAUGGAUUGGGUAAAGAAGAUAUAUCUUGUACCGGUAAGUAAAAAGUAAGUGUUUGCCUGAUUGCAUAUGUUUUCUACGAGCGGAAAAGAGUAUACAUGCCUUCUGGUACAACCAAUCUUGACAUAAAAUUGUUGACCUUUAAUUCGUUUUUAUUGAUAAAAAAGUUAAACUUAAAUUCAUUUUUUUUAAAUUGAAAGAUUUUAUUUCCUAAAAAUAUCUGCUGUUUAAUUCCUUUGCACACCACAAUUUAAUCCAGAUAAUUUUAUGCUCAUUGCAUGUUUGCAUGGCGAUAAAAUAUUUAUUUUCAUUUGUAGAAACACCACGUAUAUUUUUAAUAAUUGCAAGGCUUUCCAUUUGUAAGGUCGGAUCUUGGUCAGUGCUGAUGUAGUAGCAGCCUAGAACCUAGGCCUUUACUCGACUACCUUUGGCAGAUUUGGUUAAUGUUGAACGACUAUAGCAUUAAUUUGGCAAGAAUGACAUCACAGGCAGUCCAGUCUUCGGAUGUAAAAAAACGAAUUACAAAGAUAAUGUGAAAGAAUUCCCCAUUCCAAAAUUCCGCCAGAUACCCUGGAUAUUUGAAAUGACGUGAAGACCCUUGUUAUGGAUCGAAAGCUUUUCAAUAAUGAAUAUACGUGGUGUUUCCACGAACCAAAAUAAAUAUUCUAGAUAAUUAAGCCAAAAUUGUCUUCGUUUAAGCAUUUAUAUUAUAGUUUGAAAUGAAUACAAACGGAAUGGAUUAGAAUAAAUAACAUAAUUAAAAAUAUCACAAUAGUUGUAAUUGUAGUUAUGUAGUUUAAUUAGUAGUUUAAUUUUUUUAGUAGUUUAAUUUUUUAGGUGGGUUUCAAACAAUCCCACAAGACUUUAACACAAGGACAAUGGAGGUUCAAGAUUCAAAUGAGCACUGAACUCUUUGAACUCUCAAAGUGACUGCAUGUGUCUAUAAUAACAUGGUCCUUCCAAAAGUAAAAACAGAACCUGUAUGGAAAUAUUCUUUGGCGUUCGCUGGACCAAGAAUUAACAAUCUUCUGAAUAUGAAAACUCAACAUUAACGUCUAAAACUACUUGAAAUAGUGUUGACAUUUGCGAUUCUUAAUUAUAAAUGUUAAUUAGAUGAAUCACUAUUAGGGAUGGGCCGUUUAAAAAGGAAGCGGGCGGGGUAAGAACCGAAAAAUCCAUACAAGCAAAAUAUUUAAAACAUAUAACUACUCCGCGCCCCCCUUCACUUCUCCAAUGGUGCGUCCCUCACAUUAAAGGACUUGUUUUAAUGACUUUUGUGAAGCAAUAUCAGAUUCUUAGUUGAUAACUAUAAUAAUAGCAUAGUUGCCCGGGUUUCUUUUGUUUCAACAGGGUCGAUUACUAACUAAUCGCCCGCUGUAGCGGGCG